AAAUCGAAAUUCCAUGAGAUGUCACAUACAUUGAAGUCACUUGAGUUAAAUUUGUCGGCAAGUAAAAUCAUUAAAAUUAAGCAUUUCCGUGUGGAUUUUCGAUUUGCCUGUAAUAUUGCCGCCUAACGUGAAGUGCCAAUUGCAAUUGUUAAAUAAAACCAAGAGCGGAACUGUGACUGCACACUUACACACAAGUGAUUCCCUUUUUUCUAUUUUUUUUUUGCUGAGUAAUGGGUCAGAUUGUGAGCUCAAUGCAGGGCAAAGUGGCCGAGUUGUUUGGCAACCGGCUGAAGCGGCAGCGCGAGGAUGAGGAACUGGACACCAUAGCCGAUCAGCCCAGGAAUAAGAUGAAGCGCCUGACCACAGCACAGUACGUAUACCAGACGCUGUUCCUGGAGCAGAAGGGCUCGGAUGUGACCAUCAUGGCCCUGGAGAGAGUGUGGCACCUGCACAAGAUCUACCUCAGCCAGAGUCCCUACUUCAAGGCCAUGUUCAAUGGGCCGUGGCUGGAGGCGCAGCAGGAUCUCAUCAAGAUUGAGAUACCCGACGAACGGGUCACCGUUGAAUGCCUGGAUGCCGUCCUCGCGUCCUUGUACUGCCACGAGAUCGAGAUUUUGCCGGAGGAUGUGAUCUCAUACCUGGCCACCGGCACGCUGCUCCACUUGGACGACAUCAUCGAUAAGUGUGCCACGCUGAUGGUAGAAAAUCUGAGUGUGACAACGGUUAUCGAGUACUACGAGGCCGCCUCGCAAUACGGCCUGAUGCCCACCAGGAUGUCCACCAUCCAGUGGCUCGAGAUCAAUUUGCUGAUCACGUAUAAUGUGAUGACCAGCGGUCAGGCUAUCUCGGACUUCCUAAAGCCCAUCCCAAUCGAGCUGAUGUGUGAGCUGACCGGCAGUCCGGAUUUGUACGUGAUCGAGGCGGAGUUCACGCUGUACAGACUGCUGCGGGACUGGAUGUUUCUUCGGCUGCAACCCGACGACAAUGCCGACCAUCAACUGCCACUGCCUCAGUCCAAUGAAGAUCUCCAGAGGGCGAGCUCAGCGUACUUCAGGAACCGCGACGAGAUGGUCUCGUUUCUGGCCACGCCCAUGGGGCAGCCGUAUGUGGGGGUCUUCCAGAAGCUACGCACCCAGUACCUGACCAACAGCUAUCGCAAUCUGAAGGCCAUCUACGAUGACAACAUCAUACCCAGGGAGUGGGUCGAUCGCCACAUCAGUAACCACUGGCAUUCCCUGCUGCGGAUCGAUGAAGGGUCAAGCAAAGACCGUGCCCAGCACCUGGACGAAGAACAGUUCCUUGACAACUGUAUGCGCUACGGGGUCAUAUUGCUCGAGCUUUGCGCCCAAAGAUGGCGUUGGGUGGACUUUAACUACGGCAUGGAUCUGGUCAUGGCCAUAGACUCGAGUCUACUGAAGGUUCGUCGCCAACGUUGGCCCGAAACCAAGCAUAUGCUCGGCCUUCGCAACACGAACCACUUCAUGGUCCGCGCCACGGUGACCUCGCUGGACGCCCAGGGCCGAGUAGUGUUCACCCAGUCGUCCCAAAUCUGGUCGCUCAGCUGCGACGAAAACGAGGAGGUGCCGCUAUUGGAGCUCGAUCCAAGGCUGGUUUAUCCACUGAUCAUCUGCGUCAACAUGCUGACGGCGGUGCCGCCUGAUCAUAGCUUCAAGGACUUUGUACCGCUCUAUGAAAAAGAGGAGACGACGUCGCUGUACAGCCGCAGUUUAUCCAUUGAGAGCAACGGAGGGGACAACGAACGACCUCUGACUCCAUCGUCAUGCAGUGCCGAAGAAUCGAGCGUCUUUAUUGGCGAGUUGGAGCCCGAUCCCUUGCCGCCAUCCUAUGACAGCGAAACGGAGGACAACGACUCCUAAGGACGAUCAUUGAAGCAGUCUAACAUCACCGUCACCAGUACCACCAUGUUCAAUUAUUUUUAUUUUUAUAGACCGUUCACCUCGUUAGUAAGGUUCCAAUUGUAUGACUGAGAAGAUUAAAUUAC